AUGGCGAAGUGGUUAAUUUUGAGUGUGUUGUUGGUCGCCAGCAGUUCAGUGUAUGGAAAACCUACAUUUGGAAAAGAGCACGUACAUAUUCGUAUACAUCUGCCUGAAGGCGGUGGCGGCGGUGGUGGUGGCGGAGGUUAUGGCGGUGGUUUCGGUGGCCAUGUGGAGCACCAUGGUGGCGGCGGCGGUGGUGGACAUGGCGGUGAUAUUAUUGGUCCGUUAACUGGCGGUUUAAUAGGAGGUGGACUUAUAAGCGAUGGCGGUCAUGGACAUGGCGGCGGUGGUCAUGGCGGUUUUGGCGGCGGUCAUGGCGGAGGUCACGAGACUAUUGUAAUUGCUGAUGGUGGUCAUGGAGGUGGUUUUGGCGGUGGUCAUGGUGGCGGUCAUGGCGGUGGACAUGGUGGUGGUCAUGGCGGUGGUCAUGAGACUAUUGUAAUUGCUGACGGUGGCCAUGGAGGUGGUUUCGGCGGUGGUCAUGGUGGCGGUCAUGGCGGUGGACAUGGCGGUGGUUACGGCGGUGGUCAUGGCGGUGGGCACGGCGGUGGUCAUGAAACAAUUGUUAUUGCUGAUGGUGGCCAUGGAGGUGGUUUCGGCGGUGGUCAUGGUGGCGGUCAUGGUGGCGGUCACGGUGGCGGUCACGGUGGUGGACAUGGUGGUGGUCACAGUUUCGGAGGUAGUACCGGACAAGUUGAUACCUAUGCUAUAAUUCAGGAAAGUCAUGGAUCUGCUGGAGGUCACGGAGGUGGCGGUUAUAGCUUUGGUGGAGGUCAUGGUGGAGGUGAUCACGGCCAUGCAGGAGGUGGAUCACAUUCGAUUGCGAAUAUUGCUGCUUUAGCAGCCGCAAGCAGUGUAGGCUCUUCACAUGACGCUCAUGGAGGUUCACAUGGUGGCAUCAGUGCCGGUUAUGGAGGUGGUCAUGAUGACGGUCAUUUAGCAGCUAUUGCAGCAGCAGCAGGUGCAUCUUCUUCUGGACACUCUGAUAGUUACAGUACUGGUUACAGCAGUGGUGGUGGUAGCUCACACUCUGUUGCAAAUAUUGCUGCUAUUGCUGCAACUGCUGGUGGUUCAUCACAUGGUGGAGCUAGUGGUUAUGGUGGCAGUAGUUUCGGUGGCGGCUAUGGUGGAGGACAUGAUGAUUCCAAAAUCGCAGCUAUAGCAGCAACAUCAGGUUCACAAAGUAGCAGUUACAGUAGUGGUUACAGUAGUGGAGGUGGGCAUGAUGCUGGCGGUUAUGCAGGUGGUUACAGUAGCGGUGGAGGUCAUGAUGAUACUGCUGCUGCUAUUCUUGCUACUUCAGGAGGUCAUGGUGGUGGUGGCGGUGGUGGAGGAGGUGGUGGUGGCUAUAACUACGCUCCCACAACUGGAAGUGGUUGGCAGUCUGGAGGUGGUGCCUCCUAUGCUUCAAGCGGUAGUGGUGGUUAUGGUGGUGGCAGCUCUGGCUGGUCAUCAGGAGGAAGUGGCUGGCAAUAAAGCCUUAGACUGUAUGAAAUUACUUUAGGCAAACAUAAAUAUGUGCUACAGAGCGCUAUUCACAUAUUUAUUCUAGUCCACUUUGUGCUCACAUGUAACAUUUUUCGCUACACACCUCGUUUGCUCAUCAAACACAUUU